GAGAUGGAACGGGGGGAGAAUCGGCCUGGGGGUCAGAAUUUGAAGAUGAAUUUCACAGAGAUCUCCGUCAUGAUAGACCAUACACAGUAAGUAUGGCUAACGCGGGACCCAACACUAAUGGAUCACAGUUCUUCAUCACGGUUGUUCAAACGCCGUGGCUUGAUAACAAACACACGAUAUUUGGAAGAGCAACAGCAGGAAUGGAUGUGAUUCAUACAAUAGAAAACGCCAAAACUGAUAAAUUAGAUAAACCAUUUGAAGAUAUAAAAAUCCUUAACAUAGAA